AUGUGGAGGUCAGGCAGGAAUGUGAUAUCUCCAAGAUAUCUGUGGAUAUCUCCAGGAUGUACAUGGAUAGCUCUGGGAUGUCCAUGGAUGAUCAAACAUCCGUUAACAGCGACCCUUAUCGUGCUGUUAACUUGCCUGACACAAUCAUUGGCAUCCUCAUGUGGGGAUGCUGGUUUACCGUUGGACAACCCAAAAGAUGGGGCCUGUGGGGACAUGGACAUCAGGAACAGUGUGAAGAAUUUCCGUUUGCUGGAGAACUGUACAGUUAUAGAAGGGUCUCUGCACAUCUCUCUCAUUGAUUACGUGCCACAAGAGGAGUAUGACAAGUACAGUUUUCCCUUGUUACGAGAAAUCACUGGACACCUAAUGAUGUUUCGUGUGUUUGGUCUUCGGACUCUACGCAAUCUGUUUCCUAACCUGACCGCUAUCAGAGGCCAGUCAAAGUUCUUCAAAGAUUUUGCUCUGGUGGCCUACGAGAUGCGUGAUCUUGAGGAACUAGGCUUGAUGGGGUUGACGAUGGUCAAUGGCUUAGUGCGACUGACCAAAAAUCAUAGACUCUGUCACAUCAGCACUAUUGACUGGGCAUCGCUAGCGCCAAGUGCAGAUCCAUCGAAACACUUAUUUGUGGAUAACAGAGAAGAGCAGCUGUGUCCAGAUUUUUGUCAUGAAAGUUGCCCAUCAACAACACACCAAGACAUUUCCCGGAAACGAUGCUGGUCACCAAAACCUCAUGAUUGCCAAAGAAACCUAGUAUGCAACUGUUCCAAUGGGAGGCCAUGUGCACCAGAUGGUUCCUGUUGCCACGAGCUGUGUCUGGGAGGCUGUUCGGGUACCACAGCUGCCGAUUGUUAUGUCUGCACUCAUGUUGUCUACAAUAAUGAGUGUCUGUCUCAUUCGCCCUUCUCAUAA